UCAAAAAACUUGAAAAUAAAAUUUUCUCAGGUGGAUGCGGAGGUGAAGUUUUUCGCGAAAGUAGUUUUUGGAGUGUUCAUACCUGGCUUAAAGUUGGUGUAAUCAGUGCGUGAAUUAACCGGCCGUACGGUGUGAUUGAAGUUUGCAACAUUUGGAUUGGGGCAGGCAGUGGAAUUUCGGAUUUCCAGUAGGUCCACUUUUGCACUGCCCUCAUCGGUUUUCGACAUUAAGGUGGCUCCCUUUCGGUGUAUUUGUAUGCUGCAUAGCACUAGGCUACCGAAGAGCGCUAGUGCUCUGGUUACUAGAUGGUUGAAUGUGCUUCCACCGAGCAGCAUAAGCAGCAAGUGUGUGUGUUAUUACGGUUUCACAAAACGCAAGAGUGCCAUCGUUGGGUAUGGUAAAAUGUAAACAUGGCCGAAUGACAUGAGCUCCAGAAGACGGAAAUAAAAUUUUCCUAGGUGCAGAAAAAUAUUUCAAAGUGUUGAAGAAACAGGUACCGAAGGAAGUAUACAAAACAACGGCCAGCUACGGAUCGUUUUUUCGCCCGGAAUCAAAACUGAAGUACGGCAAGUGGUGAAUAUUGUGCAAUAUUGUUACCGCAGAGCGAAGCAGUACCGUUCCAUGGUGUUCUUUUUCCGAUAGUGAAUUUCAGUAGCAGUAGCAAACCGAUGAGAGAUUAGCAUCCGAUCAGGUCUUGUGACAUAUCCGCAAAAAAUGGUCAUUCAUUCGUGUUUUGAUCAAUCGCUAGCCGCAGCAGCCGCUAGAAAAUGAAUCUCGGUCUAUGGGGAUGCUUGGUGCCCUGUGGACUGCAAUACUGGUGCGAGAGUAAAAGCGAUACAUGCAUAACGGAAAUGGGGGCGACGGCAUCGACUGAUUGUCCCGGUGCCGCUGGUGGUCACAGUAGUGGUGUUGGAGGAGGAGGUGGUGGUGGUGGUGGUAUUCCGGGUUUGACCGGAUCUAUAACGACAGCUGCUGGUGCUACAACCACGACACCGCUUACCUCAGCUGCCGGUGGAAUUGGAGUUGGAGGUGGAGGAGGAGGAGGAGGAGGAGGAGGAGCGUAUGGUCCAAUGGGACUCGGUGGCGGUGGAGUUAUCGUUCGCGAACGUCGGAAGAAGGUCACCGGAUUUGCUACGCUAAAAAAGAAACUCAUUCGACGGCGCCGUUCGUCGAAGGCAUGCGAUCAUGGCCGAGUUUUGCGGGAUUUUGUGUCCAGCUGGAGUCCGAUGGAACUGUCCGCUCUGCUGGAAGAAUACGAGUCACUGGCGGCACUCAAGGAUCUCUCGGUACAAGCCGAGCUGGCGCGACCACCGGCCACCACGUUCAAACAGGAUCUCGCCAGUUUGUACGAUUACAAACACUGCACCGACUGUGAUUUGGUGUUUCGGGGAACAGUCUUCCCGGUGCACCGUGCACUACUGUCCGCACGUUGUCCUUACUUCCGAGAUUUGCUGGCCGGCUGUCCCGGUUACGGAGCACGCAUUUGUCUAGAACUUCGCUCCUCGCCGGUCGACGUUCCAAUGUUUUCGUCUCUACUAAGAUAUCUGUAUACAGGAGAUUUAUGUACACACGAUCCGACCAUAGAUGUAAGUCUGCUACGUAGAUUAGGGGAAGAUUUCGGCACGCCAAAUCCGCUGGAAAAUGAUCUGCGUUACCUGCUCGAGACGGGUGACUACGCAGAUGCCGCCAUAGUGUUCACCUCCGAAGGUGGCGACUACCAUCGGCCGGAUUCCGGCAGUUCGGAGUACGGUUUCCGGCCCAAGUUGGAGUUACCUUGCCACAAAGCAAUUCUCAGCGCACGAUCGCCCUUCUUCAAAAAUAUGAUCCAGCGACGGACGCGGAACGUCAACGAGGAACAUCAGCUGCACGGAACGGAUCGUUCUCUGCAUGUUCCCACGAGAAUCGUUCUGGAUGAAACGGUUAUUCCGAAACGGUAUGCUCGAGUGUUGCUUCAUGCCAUUUACCUAGACACGGUCGAUCUUUCGUUGAUCCUGCGUGGCAAUGGGUGUGGUAGCGGAGCCGGAAGUCUUGGUGAAGUGCAGGCUCUCACACACACUGGUCGAGCUCGACCGUCCCCGCUGGAGGAAGCGAUGGAACUAUACCAGAUCGGUCGAUUUCUUGAGUUGGAUAUUCUGGCCCAAGGUUGCGAGGAUUUGAUAUUGGAGUGGCUUACCCUUGACACUCUAGCCACGGUACUUCGUUGGGGCGGUCAACCGCACGGUUCGGCCUGGGUUUAUCGUCAGGCUUGCCAUUACUUGCGGGAAGAGUUCUCCGCUAUCGUAGGAUCACCGGUGCUCUUUCAACUGGACAAAUCACAGUUGAUCGAAGCACUGCAAAACAAUUUUCUUCAAGCAUCGGAGCUGGAAGUACUGCAGGCUGUGCUGAAGUGGGGCGAACAGGAGCUCAUCCGACGGAUGGAGGAUCGGGAACCGAACCUGCUGAGUCACACAGCCCACUCGGUAACGAGAAAAGGGAUCAAAAAGAGGGAUUUGAGUGAUGUAGAGUUGCGAGAGAUUCUGUCGGAACUGUUGCCCCAUGUUCGUAUGGACCACGUGCUGCCCCCAAGCAACGAGAUACUGAACCAGGCAAUCCGACGAGGACUGGUGAGUACACCGCCUUCGCAUAUGAUCGGAGACGAUCGCGAAAGUUUGAGAAUCAAUGCGUGGAUUCGGGGAGGUAAAAACCAUGGGCUGUUCGUGCGACCGAGGCUGUUCAUGCCGUACUACGAAGAGGUCAAGGUAUUACUGGAGGACCAUAUCGCAUCGCAGCAGGUCGAAUUGUUGCGAAUGCGAAGAUCACGCCACAUGCCGGAUAUCCCGGAUACUCUGUAUAUGGUGUCCCGAUUGAAUAGCAAUGUUAGCGGGAACAUGGGCGUUGGUGGUACAUCCGGUGUGGAUAUUGUAGCUGCUGCGGCCGCGUCAAUACCGGCUCCGGAUGCAACCACAAUGGAAGCCAUGCAAAAGAGGGAACAAAAACUGCGACAGUCACCAAGCUGUCAACGAGCACUCACCCUGCCGCUGUCCAGUCGUCACGAAAUCAAUCGUCAAAUUAGACUACGUGUGGUUAGGGAAUUCAACUUUCCGGAUGAGGUGUCCGACCUACUGGAAAACUCUAGCUGUUACUGUUUGGACGCGGAUAGUUCCACGGCGAAAUCGAAGGAGAACGAUAUUCACGCGAGUAAUCAAUCACUGGAUGAUGACACAACUCCACCGCCCUCACCGGCACUGCCAAGCGAUGUUAUUACGCAAAACGUAAGCUGUUUCGGACGCAACAUGACAUUCCCACGACUACAACCUCAACCACCAUCUCAGGCAAUUUCACACGGUUCUGGCGGAACCGGCGGGGGUUUACACGUCACUCAGGGUGGCCUACAUGGACCAAGUUCGAGUAUGCUCGGAACUCACCGGCGUCACGAUUUACCUUCACUGAUUCCCGGUGGGGAUGUCGUGGCUUACCGGCUUUCAGCACCCGCCGGUGAUCAUUCGAUUGAAGGUGGUGCCUGUUCCGAAGGGCAUCUGUCCGAUAUCAUGCCGGACGUUGCCAUGGCAACGGCUUCUCUCGGACAGCUUCAACUGGGCGACAUGCCUGAAAGUCUGCAUCUGGAUCUGGGUGACGGCCCAAGUCAUAUGAUAGGGGCAGCAGCUGCCAUGGGUUUGCACAAUCUGCCGCAUCAUCGAAUAGCGACUCCGUCGCCAAGCAAUUUCCACCACUACAUGACCCGUGGUCAUUCAUCGUCACAGUCCGGAUCGCUGGGUGUGGUGGGAGCCGACGGACGGGGCGCCUCCGGAUCGUCACUGGGAUCACAACAGCAAUCGUCUGCUUACACGGCACGUUCCAACUCACCGUACACGCUUCAUCGGGCCAGUCCGGGCCUGCCGCAUAGCUCCUACCAUACCGGCCCUCGGUUAUAGAGACGGCUGCAAGUAUUUCCCGAUAGGCGUCAGCUGUUCAGUAUGCCUUUCUAAAUCGUGGUAAGGGCGUUCCCUGGGCGUUGUGAUGCACGGACAGAACGAGCGAGCAAACAGCGAGCGAUGUGUACAUUCUUGAGUGAGUAUGUUAUGAUUUAGUUAAACGAAUUAACUAAAUUAAAGCGUGUCGUAGAGGAUAACGUGAAAUACAAACUAAUACACAGUAAAAAGUAUAAUGAAUUACAACAAAUGCAUAGAUAUUCGAAUUAGAAGUUAAGUAUUUCAUUAAUUAUUAACAAUCCACAGCAGAAAAGAAUAUAUAAGAAAGUAAGAGAAAAAAAAACAGUGUAGAACACACACACAGAGAGAGCAAAAGGAAUAUAAGAAAAAUUACUCGAACAAUUUUAUAUUUCACAGCAUGAGGGGCAGAGUAGAAAUGGGAUUACACGGAACCUACGACGAACAAGCUAACAGCAACUCUUGUUUAGUGGUUCAAUCGAGAAUUUUCAUCGGUUUCCGGUGCAGAAUGCAGCAUGAAUGAAAGUGAAACAGACUAAAUUGAAUUGUACUUUUCCAGUAUGUGUAGGCGGUGCCUUUUAUUUAUUUCCCGGUAAUUUUAGAAAAGCCUGCGUUUCUAUGAUCGUAUUAGAGUAAUGUUUUAUGGCUAUUUAUUUAUCUCCUUGUCCAUGUUUUGUUUUAUUACUUGUUUAAGGAUUUGCUUUGAGUUUCAGUAUGUAUUUACUAGUGUUUAUUAUCUUUAUUUUUAUUUCGUCGAGAAUAAAACCUACGUUUUUUUUAAAUUGGUUAAUUUUGUCGCCGUUUUGUUCCAACUCUGAAGCAAUGAGUGGAAUGUAGAAACUAAAAGUGUAAUCAUUCCUCAUGAUUUCGAAUGUUCGUAACCGCAAACAAGUCGUAUCGUAUUUAAAUGACUAUAUUAUAAUUCGAGUAAAAACGUCAACAACCUCUCGGCCGAAAGCGAUCGACGAGUCAGAAAAGCGAAAGCGUAUAUAUCGUAGAGGACCACUGGCCUUUAGCAAACUUUGUAAUCGCAAUCCAUCUAUAGAACAAGGCAUUUCCAUUGCGUACAGUUUGAAGUAAUAUUAGUUUGCGUUUGUGUUGGAAAUUAAGUUUAAAUGUAUUGUGCAAUGAAUCUCGUUUUCGGACCCAUUUAGGAAUACACUUGUGAGAUAUGGCAGGAUAUAGAGUUUGUAAACUGUAAGUUCUAUUCUUCAACUGCUGAUCAUAUUAUUAUUUUCAGAUGAAUUACUGUCCGGGAGAGCCAGAUGAUGGCAAACACACUGCUGUUCUUCAUCAAGUCAAAUUUUAUCUAUACAGGAAUUAGUGGUUUUCAAUAGUUUCUACAAAACGAAGGCCUUUGCUUAUUAACUCCUUACAGUCUCUGAUGCGGGGAAUUAUUUAAUUGAGAAAAACAUGACAAUUUCGUGUUGUUAUUUGAACGUGCUUAGCUGUCACUUGUGCAUGGAUUUUUAUCACUUAGAGGCCCAUAACAAUAUUGCUUCAGCAUUUGUUAGAGAAGAACUGUUUGUCUACUGAACGAAAGUCUUCCCAGAAGUAGUUUGUUAGUCGAACGACGUCCCAAAGAAAUGAUAUUUUCCAACAUGGGUUUACUGCCAUUCUACGCAUAGCUGUCCCAUUUGCUAUGGGUUUUCCUAUGUACUAGGCAGAGCUAAUAAAAGUAAAUUUCAUUGACUCAAAAUAGACUGAAAUUACGAGACAUAAAUGCCACUCUCAGCUCCGCUUGCAAAUUAUGAGAACAAGUUCCGUGUCCAGGGAACGAUAUAAAAAUUGUGUUUUCUUUCAUUUACCGUUCCUGUCAUUUUUGAUUUUCAAUGAAAAUCAUACACUGUGUAGUUUCGAUAUCCAACCGAAGUUUCUAGAAUCGAUAAUAACAGAAAAUGACAGAGAACGACUCACAAUGAUUUUCUGGGGUGUAAUUACUUCGGUUUAUCAUAUUGUAGUAACACUCGAUCGGAAUACAGAAUACAAAUUAUUAUAUUUGAUCGAAAUAUUCCUAUUCGUUCGUAGUACAUAAUAUGAGUGGUAACGUUGGCAUUGAUACUCUCGUUUGUUGCUCUGAGAGACGAAAAUGCUUCGUAUCUCGGUUCGUUUGUUUUGGAUGCGAUCAUAUACGAAUGAGACGUGAAGUAAAAAAACGGAUAUGAGAAUGUUGGGUUGAAUUCUUUCAUUGAGAAUGUGAAACAACUUUGAGCUCUGAUAAAGCAAAGUCUUGGCAUUACAUUCCUUUUAUGGAAUUUGGCCUUUCUGUUUCAACAAACUUCGCUGCCAAUUCAUAGCGUACAGGACACUAAGAAUCCUUCCUUGAGCUCUGAUACUAUGCACAAUUAUGCGCAGAACGGCAGUAUAAAACUUAAAAUUCUGCAUUGAAAACUUCUUCUGAAACCCCAGCAGAUAUGAAAUAUAGAUUACUAUGAAAUUUAAAAACGAGAGUUUAUCGUUACUGUUCAAAACUAUCGUUCGCUAUAAGAGAACCUUUGACACGGACUCGUAGAGUGACUGCGUUUGAUGUUAUUUUCAAUUUCAGUACUUGCGGUUUACUAAUAUUUCCUAAAAACCAUUAAAAUACGCCUAUCUUCGAAUUUGGCGAAAAGUUUAAAUAGUUGAUACUAAAAUGGGUGCGAUUAAAAAAAAUCUCAUUUCUAGUCGUUAUGCAAGCUUAGUGCUAUAACACGUCAUUUUGAUUGUAUUUCAUAAUGUCGCUAUUUUGUUUUAUUCACUUCAUUCCAUUUUUUUGUUUCACUAUUUUAUUUUAUCCACUUCAUUCUUCGAAUUGGAACCAAUUCUGGUGCUGCAGAACCGAUUGACGGUCAGAUCUGUGUUUCGAUUUUAUAUUUCAUCAACAUCAUUAUUAAACGAUUCGUAAAGCGUCUUGCCUAAUUGUAUGUAAAUCCCACAUGAUCAAGACAAAUAUUAUUCGCCACGCUCAAUGAGUCAAGCUUGUCACUUUAUUAUUAUUUGCGAAAAAUCUAUGUUGUUAAACGCUCAAAUGGAAGUUACUUGCGCAGACUUUUUCACUACGCUCAACUAGAUCAACCACCUUUUCACCAUUGCAAAAUUGAACCGAGUUGAGUUCGAUUUUAAUGUUCUAUGAUUGAUCUUUUAGUCUUAUCUUCAAAAUUGAAGUCUAUUCGUUUUGGUCGGCGGUUUAAUUUUUAGAGUCGGUCAAGGAUCUUUCUAAAAUCUAUUCACCAUCAACAUUCAGUAGUUCGUUACAGUUUACAAACUAUAUAUUCUAACUCUCAUUCGACAAGACAAAGCAAUGUUAUACGUUCCUUAGUGAUAUUGUUUUAUUUUAUCAUGAAACCUUCGGUUAAACAAAAUUGUCGUCAAUCGCUGGAUUGAAUCAAACACAGAACAAACAAACAAAAAAAACGGAUCACGUGAGUGAGCAAUGAAUUAAAAAAAGAAGAAAAAACCAAGCAAAGCGCUGCCACCUUCAACGCAUUUUUCUCUAAAAAUAGAAAAAAAAACAAAAAUCGGUUGCAACAAAUCAAGAGAUAAAAGUCAGCUCCCAGAUUCGGCAGAAUAGAGAUCGAAUACAUUAAGUAGAAACAGUCUACACGAUAUACAACAACAAGGCGAAACCUAACCUCUUAGUAAAGGAAAAAAAAAAUAUUUAUUUAAUAAAGGCAAUGCACACCUGUCAGCGACCGUCAGUAUCCGCACGAAAACGUAUUUUUCGGUCGAUCAGAAUAAUGGAAGACGCAGAUCGGAAGAAAUCGAAUACACAGUUUAAUUACCAUAAUAAAAAAGAAACAGAAAAUAUUAUAAUUAAUAAUAAAUGAUAAUGAAAAGCGAACAAGUAAAGCAUAUGAGAGAAAUAAAAGAUAAACAAACAGACAAAACAUAAGAGCGACAUUAGAUAACAUCCGAUCGGAAGAAGUAGACAGUAAACAAUAUAUGAAUUGAAGUCGAAAGGAUUAAGGUGAAAAUAUCAGAAAUAAAAGAUUAUUUUGAAAAUUAAA